AUGGAUACAGCGAACGUACACUUCAUCGCGAAGUCAACGAUUUCAGUCUGUGACGACGCGCGUUGGUAUUAAAUACUUGUAAUACUUAAACGAUAAUAAUAAUAUUAAUAAAUGUAUAUUAUACGUAUAAUUUUUUUUUUUUUUUUCUAAUCGCCUUAUAAUGCGCUUUUUGUUCCUUAGUAGGACAUCUGAACACCGAAGACGAUAAUAAUAUAGGUAACGGUUUGGCUGGGAACAAAAUAUUAUUAUACUUGCCAGGUUAUCAGGCGUAAACGUUUGUGUACAUUGCGCACACUUAUCCAACAUUUAGGUCGUUUGUAUUGUUAUAAAUUAAAAAUAAUUUCCAGACAAUUCUGAAAUUCCCACGGCCGGAUUCGAUUGUCGAAAUUGCUCUCCUCCUCCUCCCCCUCCCCCCAUUCUCCCGUAGUCACAAACGCGUGGCUUGCACGUGAGACUUUUAACUCGUUUAGAACAUUGUUCGGUCGGCGUGAACAAUAAACUCGCCGAUUUAUUCGCUUCGAGUGUCUGUUAACAAGUAGCAAAGUAGCUAGGAAACUCAAAUUGCGUAUUUAAUUUUCUUGGCUUAACCGAAAGCGUCGUCUAACAAACGGAUUACCUUUUUUUUCGGUUCGCAGGUUCGUGUACCACGGGGAGUCGGAAUCGGAUGACACCAACAGCAGCGUGUCCACUGUGGUAUCCAAGUGUCCGGCGACGUCUUCGUUGGCCGGUCAUGACGGCGAUGAUCGGAUGGCCGACGACGCUGACAGCAGCGGUGGCAAGAACGGCUGCGUGCUGGACAGGGUGCUGGAGCCGUUCAUGCAGCUGGAACGGGAGUUCUCGUCGAGCGCGGCCAUUGGCGACGACGUGGGCCUGUACGAGAAGUUGGUGGCCGUGGCCGAGGAAGACCGGCAGCUGCCACCCAAGCCGCUGCCUCGCAAGGAAGUGCGGCCACCCAAGAAGAAGCCCCCGCCGCCGCCGCCGCCACUGCCGUCCUCGCAACCGCCACUGCCGCCUCCGCCGCCAUACCGGUUACCACCCCGCCUGGUGGACUUUGUGCACAAAGACGAACCGCCGCAGCACGCCGCAGCGGAAGACGACCACGGUGACGACAGCGUUUUCGCGUAA